UCCAUCCAAGUCUUUCUUCCCAUCCCUUCCUCUCCUCGGUCAAACCGCCUUUCUCUCCCCUACUCUUCUCCCUCCCUCCCCGUCUCUCUCUCUCUCUAAAAAAAGUGGCGCCCGGAGAACCGAGAGGCCGGAGAAAGAAAGGCGGAAAGAGGGAGCAAAAUCUCACUUUGCUGGGAGUUCUUUCCUCUGUUUCCGACUCCUUUGUUCUCUUAGUGUUCUUGGUUGGUGGAAUGGAAGCUCAGCAGCUCCAUUUGUGUUCCAGAGAUCUUCGUCGUUCUCGUUCCCCUCGUGUGUAGCCUUUGGAGGAAUUCCCGUUCACAUGAUCCGUGCCUGGACGUGACGGUUUUGCCACGCUCUGCUGCUUCCCUUUCGGGGAGAAGAGGACUCGACUCAAAUCAUUUGGUAUCGCAGACGUCGCCCUUCCCAGUUCAGGCUUUAUGUUUGGGCUGCCGUGGUAUGGGUUGUUCGAGGAGGCCUUUCGCCGGCUGCCCAGCACUCUUGUUAAGGUUUUGGGCCCGGUUCCUUAAGUCUAGGUCAAUUCCAUCCUUUUUAAUUGAGAGUUGAGAGAGAUUUCUGGCAUGUCCGGCGCAAGUAACUAUGGAUCCCUCAUCGAUGAAUGGUUGCUGCCCCCUACACCAAGCCCAAGAACUCUCAUGUCUAGCUUCCUGAAUGAAGAAUUCAGCUCUGCGCCAUUCUCUGGUCCCCAUGAUCAAUCUGAAAAGAGCAGAGAAGUUUUGAAUUCGAGCGAUGAGGUUCCUUCACAUGCUGUCAAAGGCCCAUUUCAAAAUGGUUUCCCAAAUUUGUUCAGUGCUAAAUCAAACUCCAAUGGUGGUUUGGCGGAGCGCAGGGCUGCGAGAGCAGGUUUCAGUGUCCCGAAAAUUGAUACUUCUCGAGUUGGUUCAUCCACAGUUAUUCGAUCUCCUGUGUCAAUUCCACCUGGUCUAAGUCCAACUACACUUCUUGAGUCUCCUGUUUUUCUUUACAAUAAAAUGGCACAACCGUCUCCAACCACUGGCACAUUGCCAUUUUUGAUGGCUACGAAUGAUAAGUCAACAAUAUCACCAGCUGCCAAGAUAACUGAAGAUUCUACAUUUGAUAAUGAUGUGUUUUCUUUCCAACCCCACUUAGGUUCUGAACAAACAGGGUUCUCUACUGCAGAAAAGGACUAUGGUGCCUAUGAGAGAAAGCAGUCCUUGUCGAAUAUUCAUCAGCAGGAAUCCAGUCUCCAGUCAAGCUUUACCGCAGUCAAGGAUAACACUAGUGCAACAAUUGUUAAAGCGAAGCCAUCUUCUAGUUCCAUGUUCAGUGAUAGUCACUAUUCAGCUGAUCAACAGCAAGCUGACGAGACAAACAUAAAGGUGCAAGGCAAAGGUGUGGAGGCUAGAUCAGCUGCUUUUGCUCCUGUAUCAGCGCACAGUGAUGCAUCUCUCCUGGAGUCUCAAGAAGCACUUGAUGUCUCCUCAACACUGUCUAAUGAAGAGGACGAGAGGGCAACGCAUGGCACUGUUUCUAUAGAGUGUGAUGGUGAUGAAGCUGAUGCUGUAUCUAAAAGAAGGAAGCUGGAACUAGAUGCUUUAGAAGCUACUGCUACUGCUACUACCUCCACCACCAAUACCAUCGACAUGGGGCCUGCAGCCUCAAGAGCUGUCCGGGAGCCUAGGGUUGUUGUUCAGACCACAAGUGAGGUUGACAUUCUUGACGACGGUUAUCGGUGGCGCAAGUAUGGGCAGAAGGUUGUUAAGGGCAAUCCAAAUCCAAGGAGCUACUACAAAUGUACAAACCCGGGCUGUUCAGUGCGCAAGCAUGUGGAAAGAGCAUCACACGAUCUGAAAUCAGUCAUCACAACGUAUGAGGGAAAGCACAACCAUGAAGUUCCAGCAGCCAGAAAUAGUGGGCAAGGCAGUUCCAGCGCUCCAUCUGCAUCACAAGCUGUUGGUUCUCAUCGUAGGCAAGAACCUGCACAGGCCAGCUUUGCUCACUUUGGUACGGCCUCUUUCAGCUCGUUCGGUCUCCCACCGAGUGGUCAGUUGGGACCAACAACUGGCAAUUUCGGCUUCGGGAUGGUUCCGCCAGGCAUGACGAUCCCAGUGCCCUCUCUAGGAUCACUUGCCCCUGUAAAGAUGGUUGGAAAUUCAUCAACUAUGCAGGGCUACCCAGGGCUUAUGGUGCCGGGAGAACCAAAGGCAGAGCCUGUCUCGCAACCACUUAUCCAAAUGGCAAAUGCAUCUCCACCAGCUUACCAACAGAUAUUGAGCAGGCCUCCUUUCGGUCAUCAGAUGUAAAUAAUAGGAAAGAGAAAGGGGAUAAUAGAUUUGCUUCAGCUUGUAUACAUGAUAGCUACGCUGCAACAUGGCUUUAGUGUUCAUGGAUCGUCCAAUUUUUUAUUUCUAUUUUAUUUUUCUGCCCACGCAUGUCUUUGAAGCAAAGAAUGCUGAGGAUGAUACCCUGUCGUGCCUGUUGUAAUCACGUAAAGGAUACCUUUCGUCUUUUUGAGACUCGAAAUUGGAAAACGACCAAUCAAAAUUUCUGGUUGCGAAUGCAAA